UAUACAUAACGCGCAAUUCUUUUUUUUAUAGUAUUAACUGUUCUUUUCAGUUCUGCAAUUGAUUUUGGUUUACUCGUUCGCCUUUCCAUGCGCUUCUCUAGACCAAUUCGAACGGUUUAAGCAUGGCAUUGCUUUACCGACAGCUAACUCUCGUUCAGUGUUUGUUUCUCUUUCGCACUGCCAUAGCCAACGCCUUUCUAUGCGCUUCUGUGUGACCUUGCGCUGCUUAUAAGAUUUCGUCUUCAAUGAAAGCCGAAGCUUUUCUAGAGUUUCCAAGAUUCUGGGUAUUGUGCAACGCAUAGCGAAACGCAGCUUUCGAUCGCCCUGACCCAAAAUCGCAGCUGCUAAACUUGAACUUCACAGAGCUCGAGCGCAAAAAGUGCAGACGUCGUCAACUCCAUUCCCAUAAAAUGCGAGAGCCAACAAUCAGCAGUAAACAGAACUCAACGGCGUUCCAAAGAUGGCGAGCAAUCAGGGUUUGAGGUCGAUGCUGCUGCUGGCGGCGCUGAUGAUUUUGGUGGCGCAGCAGCUGGUGGCAGCCAGCAAGAUAGCCUACAAGAAGCCGUUGCAUGGCAAGCUGAGCCACUUCAAGGAUCGUCGCUUCAGGCCGCGCACGACGAGCAGCCCCGCGGUGAGCAGCACGGAGCCGGCCGAUUGGCCAGCGCCCGUCGAGUUCAUCAUCAAUAGCAGCACACCCAAGGCGUUGCCGAAAGAGGAACUGGUCGAGAGCAGCACCAGCAGCAGCUGCACCAGUACUCCCACUCUGGAGCAACAACGGCAGGAGGAACUGGAGGAGCUGCAGCUGGAGCCGGAAAUGGGUGUGGAAGCGGACAGCAGCUCGACGACCACCACGCCCAGCAGCAUGGACAACACGUUGGCUUCACCGCCCACGCCGGCUGUAGUGGAACAGCAGCAGCAGCCAGUGCCCUGCACCUGUGGCGUCUUUCUCACAUCGCAAAUCAAGAACGGAUUGCCCGAGACGCCGCUCAUACACAACGAAAUGGAUCGCAUGUAUCCAUGCAAUGCCAUUGGACGCAAGCAAUGUCAGACCAAAUGCCUCGAGGCGAUCGUGCAGCAUUUGCCGAAUUCGGCGAACAUUGUUUGCGCCACACUAGGUCACAAUUGCCACAAGGAGCGCGCCUAUCUGUUCAUCAAGAACUGCCAGAAUGUGUGGGUCAACACGAAUCUGCAGGCUGGUCGCGAAUAUUGUUGUAAAGAGGGGCUGCCCUAUCGCUGUCCUUUGCUUGGCUAAGCUGACGCAGGCCACAAAAUACUGUAUUUAACCAAUAAUCUACCGCUGUGAACAAUAAAGUCUUAAA